CGGUGUCCUUCAAUAGUUGUAUGACGAGAUCACUUAGCACCGUUUGGCCUGUUUGGACAGAUACGGUUGUCUGGCAGCACAGCUGGAAAACCCCUAGGGCCUAAGGACGACUGGAAUGUUUUUUCUUGUUGGAUGAUUGCUUUCCAUGGUAACCUUACCAACAUCGACGACAGUCAGACCGAGUCGGAGCUAGUUGUAAUCGCUCUCGUGUUGUGUGCUCUCCAACGCUUACAGAAUACUUCAGCCAAGUAGGGAGCUAAUAAUGGAUAUUAUAUUCACCGGGCAUCUUGAGUGGGAGGUGCACCACAUAAGCGGGCUUGUAGACAGGAAAUUUUCAGAUAACUUUAAAGUUGGAAUAUAUUCGUGGCGGCUAAUAUGCUUUCCCCGUGGGAACAUGAAACCCUUCAACCAUGUGUCGCUCUUCCUUGAGUACCCGGAAACAGCAAACACGCCAGCUGAGCUCGCCCCUGUGGCGGAGUUCCGGUUUAUUGUAAGGAACCACAAGGACCCUAGCAAAAAUGUCGUCAAAGAAUGCAGGCACACCUUCACCAGCGAGCAGGUGGACUGGGGCUUCAGCCAAGUUCUGCCCCUGCAGGACCUGACAGCUGCCAGCGGGUUCUUGCGGGAGGAUGGCACCCUUACCGUGCGUGUUGAGGUCACCGUCGAGCCAGCGGGGCUGAAGAAGCUGGACCUCUACACCCUGAAGGCAAUGGCUAAAUGGCGGGACAGCGUGAAAGCCGGCCAACCUGCUGCCAACACCGCACCUGCUGCCAUGCCUAAUCUGCUGAGGUACCUUUCCCCGCCGCCCCCAGGAGCCGUUAGCACCACGGAUAUGGGUGGUGACGGCGCUGCUGGCAGCAGCAGCAGCAACAACAGCUCUGCAGUAAGUAACAGCGUGGGGGGCAUGCUCGCCAUCCGCAUUGCCGACAAGACCUUCUACGCCCAUCGGGCCCUGCUGGAAGACAGCUCCGAAUACUUCCGGCUGCAAAGCAACUUCAAUGGCAGCGACACCGGCAGCACUGCUGCAGCAGAGGUUUCCCUACCAGACGCCGAUCCCGACGCCUUCGCCCGGCUGCUCGUCUACAUGUACCAGGGCGUGCUGGACAUCCCUGCCAGCCUCCUGCGCACGACCACCGAGCUGGCGGGGCGGCUGCUGAUGAGCGACGUCUGCAAGGAGCUGCAGCGGCGGCUGCUGGCCGCAUGCACGCCGCAGAGCAUCGUCGGGGACCUGUUGUGGGCGGACCGCUACCAGUUGCAUGAGCUGCUGUCGGGGCUCAAGUCGUACUUUGUGCAGAACUACAAGCGGAUUGCGGCUGAGGCGCGGGUGGAUGAGUUGAUCCUGGGCAACCCCGUUCUGACGGCGGAGCUGAUGCGCAUGCUUGGCCAGCAGAUGGCGUGAGCAAGCGGCCGAGACGGUCCGGCGGGGCGCAGCAGGCGGCUUGCACGUGGCUGCAUCCACGUCGUUUGCAGGGUGUCAGCAGAGGCAGGCCGUGGGGUGGGUGUCUACGGAGAGUGAUGACCAUGGUGGUGGGGUGUGUGCUCAGGCGGUCGCUGAUUACGGUAGGGCAACAACCCGUUCCUACCAGACAUAACGCUGCUGGCACGGACGUACGUAAAAGAGGGUCGGCGAAUUCCCAAGGUUGUAUGAUUAAGAGGGAGGUUGUCGGGUAUACAUAGCUGUGCAGUAAACGUGGUGGUGGUUACCGAAGUAGGAGUAGCUGGUGCUCGAGUCCAAAACACUUGUUGGGUACUGCUCAUGACAUUUGCUGGCUAAGAUGCAAAAUUCUUAAUAACAUCUAUGCCCAUACUAAAUACUGAAUCCACACCAGAUGUGUGUUUUUGGUCCAAAGAAGAAACCGCUGUCUGUCUAGGCAUUGCACGUACAGGAUUCGGUAGCAUCAUGCCCUGAAGUUGGGUUACAACUAUCGUGGGUUAUCGCGUCAUGGGUUGCCUUGGGUUUGUGCUGCGCUGGGUGCAGUUGGGCCGCUAGGCCUUCUAGGCAUGCUUACACCGUACAGCGGUCCGCCUUGUGCCCAUUAAUUGACUUACCAACGGUUCUUGUGCUUCAGCGGUAUGUCUUGUGCCUUGGUAUCGAUGUAUCAACGAAUUUGAAUAGCAUGCAUGAGCUGUCGUUGCAUGUUUAUUGUUGUCGCUGCGUGCUAGAAGAGGUCUGGUCCCAUGGGCCGUGUUGUUGAAACAUACAUGUGUGCAUUGCAUGCAAGCUAAAGACCUUCCCAUUGAUGUACGCUUUAGUAUCAUACUGGUGUCAAUGGAUGUCUCCGCCAGUUGGAUUUUUGGCGGCCCUUUUUCUUAAACUAAAUGGAUAUCAUCCCUUGUGUAACGAGGCUCCGGUCCUAA